UCUUCCCCGAGCCAGAGCCCAGAGCAAGAGAGAGCCUCACCCUCACGCCAUUGCCGGCCGUUCCAAUCCGCUCCCCAGCCCACCCGCGCGCGAUUAAUAAUCCGAGCUCCACUAUUCUAUUCCCACCUCCUCGCUCUCGUCGCGCCAACGCCGCACUCCAAAGCAACCCCCUUUCCCCACCCCGCCCCUGUCGCCACCGUCGGCUCGCCCUCCCCGGCAAGAAACCCCAGCUCCUAUAAGACAAGCCUCCCCAAUCCACCCCCAUGGCGCCCGCAUCAUCAGCAUCAGCAUCCCUGACCACCAUCACCACCCCGCGCGCCCCCGCCUCCGCCACCGCCGCCGCCGCCGGAAGGACCAAAAGCGGCGCCCUUUCCAUCUCCACCGGCCCGCGCCGCGCGCCGGGGAUCUGCGCGGCCAGCCCGCAGCCGAGGCGGAGGAUGGUGGCGGCGGCGGCGGCGACCGAGAUGGCGCCCGCCGCGAGGGGCGAGGGGGGCGGGAAGCCCUUCGUGGAGGAGAUGCGGGCCGUGGCCAUGCGCCUCCACACCAAGGACCAGGCCAGGGAGGGCCAGAAGGAGCCCCAGGCGCCCCCCGUCAACCGCUGGGAGCCCACUGCCGAGGGCUACCUGCGCUUCCUCGUCGACAGCAGGCUCGUCUUCCAGACGCUCGAGGACAUCGUCGACCGCGCCGCCGUGCCCUGGUAUGCAGAGUUUCGGAAUACUGGAUUGGAGAGAUCAGAGGCACUAAAGAAAGAUCUGGAAUGGUUCAGUGAACAGGGUCACACAAUUCCAGAACCAUCUGCUCCUGGCACUACAUAUGCUUCCUAUCUGGAAGAGUUGUCUGAGAAGGACCCACAAGCAUUUAUCUGUCACUUCUAUAAUGUGUACUUCGCUCAUACUGCUGGAGGCCGAAUGAUUGGCAAAAAGGUUGCUGAGAAGAUUCUGAACAAGAAAGAGCUGGAAUUCUACCAGUGGGAAGGUACCCUGUCCCAGCUGCUGCAGAAUGUCCGCAGCAAACUUAACCAAGUUGCUUCUAACUGGUCCCGGGAAGAGAAGAAUCACUGCCUGGAGGAGACUGAGAAAUCAUUUGCCUAUUCAGGAGAUCUCCUACGCCAGAUAUUCACCUGAGUGAAAAGUGAUGUCCAUUUCGUUUCAUGAUAAACAUUGUAAAUAUUAAGCCAUGUAUGUGCACCGGGGAGGAACAUGCUCCGCUGGGCCUGAACUGUCUUGCAAUCAAAUUGUCAUAUACUGAAUAAUCCUUCAUUGCA